AUCGUUCGACCGAGAAAUCCUAGUCUAACUCUGUCGAAUUUCAUUCAACAGCUAUAGAGUUAGCCUGGGUUUCUGUCAAACUUCAUUGGAACCGGUUUAGUCAAUAAUCUGGCGUCGUUGAAUAGCUCUAAAAAUGGCGUAGUUGAAUUUCGGGGAAGGUACGGGGCAUAUGCAAAAUGUAAAGAAACGAUUGGGAUUUCACAACGAAAUCGCGAGCAGAAUGUGUGAUGCCAGCACGAAGGUAAAAACAAACGGUACGAGGCUUAGGAGAUUGCUAUUAGAUGGAGGAUCGCAAGUGUUAAGAAAACUGUUCGACGGCAUCCAUUCUAGCAGUGCUUUACCUAGCGUCCUGAAAACCAACGAAGAAGAUCUCAAGAAGAAAUGCAAAUUUCCUAGUCAAAUCGAAUUAUUGUUUCCUAUUGAUGGACAACCAGACUCUAAAAAAUUUGAUAUCACUCUACUGACAUUACUUUUGAGAAACAUUUGUAGUCUAACAGCUCCUCCUACAGGAUGGGGAAAGGAGCCAUCUCCUUCAGACCAGAGCAAGGAAGCUAACAUUGUAAGAAUCAAGUUAUUUAGAAACAAGAUUCAACAUCUUCCAGGAAGUGGAAUCAGUGACGAACAGUUUGAAGAAUUGUGGAACGAUCUAUCUUCACCUUUGAUGGCUUUGGGUCUUCCAGAAGACGAAAUAGAGAAACUCAAAGUUACCCCGAUCGAUGACAGUUCUGAAAUCCAAGAACGGUUUAAAACACUGUGCGAUCACGAGCACAGGAUAGAGAGCCUAGAGGAGAAAAUAAACGAGUAUGGAGCCCAAAUCUCUACCAACCAUGCCCAAAUCUCUACCAACCAUGCCCAAAUUGAGGAGAUAAAAGAGGAGCUUCAAAAUCGAAAGAAACAGGAGACAGUUAAGAGUUGCAUUCCCGACGAACCCUCAAUUUUUAUUGCCCGAAAAGAAGAGCUGAAAGAAAUUAUAGAUGCAAAAACUAUCGAUGACAUACCUUAUGUGUUAAUCCACGGUAUGGCUGGAAUCGGUAAGUCGACCCUCAUCAAGAAAGCUUCGUGGCAUCUUGUUUAUGAACAUAACAAAACUGUCUACUUUGUUGAUUUGUGCCGCUGUAAAGCAACUGAAGAAGAGAUAUCAAAGACCAUAAAUUACACCUUAUACCGGGGUACAAAAGUCGAAAACGAACCCCGAGAAGCACUCAAUAUCUGGGCCAGAAACUUGGACCGAAAAGUGAUUCUUGUGUUGGAUAAUGCUGAACAUGUUUUGAGCAGCAGUGAGCCACGAACGGGAAAUGAUGCCAACUGUGAAUCUGGUAUGUCAUGCCUCGUAAAGAUUCUGCUAGAAUUAAGAAAAUUUUCUUCUCUAAAUGUAAAUUAUUUGAUUGCCUCGCGCGAAAUCUUGAAUUUUGACGCCAUUGACGUGCCUAGGAAAGAUAUAACUCUCAAACCGUUUGAACAAAAUGAAAGUUUAGAAUUCAUAAACCGUGUUCUCUCAGAAGAAACAASAGRCAGSUCUGAAUUAACUAACGACCGUAAACAAGAGAUUGUCAAGUUAUGUUYCAAUAUACCGCUUGCUUUACGCAUUGUCAUCCCUUUGCUGGACGAUUACAAAACUGACGAAUUAAUCAAGAAGUUAUCAAAGCCAGUGGAAAAUAUAAAAAAAUUGAAAGAAGCCGUUUCCUUAUCGUUUGAAAAACUCGAUGAUACGUUGCGUGGUCAUUUAGUAAGGCUUACGAUUUUUCCAAGGUUUUUUGCUGUUGAUUCCGCGUUGGCAGUUAUGGGAGUGGAUGACCUGGAUGAUGCAGUUCAGGUGCUUAUGAAACUGUAUGCAAAAAGUCUUUUGCAACGCGAAAAAAGAAAAUAUAGUCUUCAUCCGUUUAUUCACGAGUUUGUUGUUGAUUAUGGCAAUGCGGAAAAAAACAAAUAUCUUCUUGAAGAAGGAAAAUUGAAUUUUCUAAGUUAUUUUCAGUCUUUACUUUUAGAAAAUACAAAGUUGUACUGGACUAAAGAUUCUUGUAAGCAAUCUUUGAGUGCUUUCCGUGAAGACAGGCAAAAUUUCGAGAAAGCUUUGGAACUUUCGCUUUGUGUUCCUGUGGAUCUGAAUGAAACAAGAAUGGAAAACACUAAGAGAAUACUAGAUGAACUGACUAACGUUAUUUUGUACCUUGUGGCCUGCACCUCUUGGGAUCUGCUAGGAAGGUUGCUGGAUAACUUCAUUACCUUAGCCAAGAAGAACGACUUGCCUAGUCGAGAAUUAGAAUCACUAUGUUGGAAGGGCCAUAUGGCUCGAAGAAAAGGUGACAACGAAGAAUAUGAGAAGUUACUGAAACAGGCUGACAAAGUAUACCAGAGUGGCUUACAAAUUGAUGACAGAGCUAAAAUAUGCUACAAUUCUGCCAAAGGACGUUACUUUGUUUACAAACGAAAUUAUGAACAGGGAGUCAAGGCUUUUGAAGAAAUCAUCGAGUUUUGUAUGGAAAAGGAAGACAACGAUUCCAGGCUGAAUGAAGAUUAUACAAGAGCUAACUUGGAGCUAGGACACAGCUUGAAGGGCAAGAAAGAUUUCAAAAAAGCAGUGGAAAAGUAUAAGCAGGCGAAUGCCAUUUAUGAGAAACAUUUAGGACUACACAUAAAGACAGCUAUUAGUUUUAAAGACAUUGCAGAUGGAUAUUUGACUCAAGGUGAUGCUCAAUUGCGAGAUGGUGAUAAUGAGCAGCAAGCACUAGACUACUAUAAGAAGGCAAAUGAUAUUUAUAAUAAGGCAAUUGAUAUGUUGACCGACUUGAAUAGUGAUUCAGAAACCCAUAUGAUUUUGCUUUUGAAAAACAAAGGCAUUUGCUGUAGGAAAUUGGAAAAAUAUGAAGACAGCGAAACACACUUCAUGAAGGCAAUAACCAUUGCAGAAAACAAUCUUAAAGAAAAUCAUAGGUACAAGUGUUUGGUGAAGGAGGGGUUAGCUCAUCUACAUGAUGAAAUGGGGAACAAAGAAAAAGCUAGAACAUUUGCUGAAGAGGCCAAUGAAAUGGCAAAGAACUUAAAGUCUGGUGAUUGUAUUAAAGAUAGAGAAAGACUAGAAACAAUUCUCAGCUAUAACUCAACCAGUUGAAUCUGAAAUACGUGCUAUUAAUUUAGAGGCGAGUGCAUUUAAAAAUCCAUGCACCCAACCGUAGGUCUAAAUCGAUGAACACUAUUAACAUAAAUUUGUGCAUGAUAUCUUGAAACAUUUUAGGUAUAAUUCGUUGUAAUCCCUUUUCGGCGACAGACCGUUUUGCCAACAAUAGCACUUAUAUCUUGUGGCGAGAAUAAGGUACGUUUGUCAUUGGGGGUAAG